AUGUUCCGAGGCCAAGUGAUCGUGAGUGUGCAAGACCCCCUUGUGCUUGCCACUGCUCCCACUCGUGAAUACCACCACAGCCAGGUCCCUGGACUUGACGCCACUCAUCUUCCACGCCUCAGCUCGGGAGACGGGGAGGCCGUUAGUUUCGAGGAGAUGGGGAAGUUCAGUUACGUCGUCGACGACGUGGACGUGGCUGCUUCACGAACCUCGGCCGCUGCCCUGGGUCGCUGA